AUGUCAUCGUGUAUGAGUCAAGCACACGAAAAAAUUCUCAAUGAAUAUUGGGAUAGAAAAUCGAAACAAGUAGUAAAAGAACAAAUAGAACGUGAUCAACGUAUAAAGUUGCAACAAGAUCGUGAAGAACUGGCUCGUAUUGAACGUGCUCAAAAACAACAGUUGUAUAAUGGUGAUUUACUUGAUGCUUAUCGACAAGAACAAAGCAUGGAAUUUGAAUUAGUUCUUGAAACAAAUCCAGAAACAAAUGAUAUUAUUAUUGAAGUAGCUUUAUUACUUGUUAUUCAUAUGAAACCUCAUCAAAUUGAGGGUGUUAAAUUUUUAUGGAAUCAAGUAUUUGAAUCAACAAGUCGAAUUGCAUCUAGUAUUGAUAAUCGAACUCAAAUUGAUCAAGGUGGUUCAGGUGCUAUUCUAGCUCAUUGUAUGGGUUUAGGAAAGACAUUUACUACUAUUGUACUUGUUCAUACACUUUUACGAUAUUCCACUUUGACACAUGUUCGUCGAAUACUUAUUUUAUGUCCAAUUAACACUAGUAUUAAUUGGAAACAUGAAUUUCAUGAUUGGUUAAAGGAUCUUGAGCCAACUAUAAAUGUGUAUUUAUUCAAUAAUGAUGAUAUUCGAACAGAAAAACGAGAAGAUUUCCUUCGUUUCUGGUAUGAAAAUGGUGGAGUUCUAUUAAUGGGUUAUGAAAUGUAUCGUCAAUUAACUUUUACAAGUGAUGAUAAGCCUGAUGAUCAAAUUAGAAAUAUUUUAAAACAGGAUAAGAAAAUACCAUCAUUGAUUGAACAAAUAAAUAUUGAUAAAUAUAGAAAAUAUCUACGUAAUCCAGGUCCUGAUCUAAUCAUUUGUGAUGAAGGACAUAUCAUUAAAAAUCCACGAAGUGCCAUUGCUUGUACAUUGGCUAAAGUACGAACACGUCGUCGUAUUGUUUUAACAGGUACACCAAUGCAAAAUAAUUUGAAAGAAUAUUUUUCUAUGGUUAAUUUUUGUAAACCAAAUUUUCUUGGUACAGAACGUGAGUUUUCUUAUCUAUUUCGUAAACCGAUCGAAGCUGGUCAACACCGAGAUAGUUUACCAUAUCAAGUUAAAACAAUGCGAAGUCGAGUGUCUGAUCUUAAUACACUUUUAAAGAAUAUCAUACAUCGACGAGGUUUUGAAGUUUUACGUACAUACUUACCACCAAAGUUUGAAUAUGCUGUUAAAAUAAAAUGUCGACCAACGCAACGAACACUUUAUGAAACAUAUAUAAAUUAUCAUCGAAUGAAUUCUUUCAAUGAUAAUCUUAAAGUGGCUAAAUUGUUUAGUGAUUAUCAAUAUUUGAUGAAGAUUUGGACACAUCCAUGGCUUCUUCAACCUUACUUCACUGGAUAUUAUAAUAAAAAAACAAAAAAUGGAAAACAAACUCCCGUUGAACACAUUUUCGAUGAUGAUGAUGAUGAUUCUGAUGAUGAAGAUGAUCGAAUAAAUGAAAUAUCAUCGACACAAAAUAUAUUAUCCUUACCACAUACAAACAUACUCAAUCAAAAUUAUCAAGAAAAUCUAUCCAAUGCGAUAAAACAACAAUGGUGGUUCAACAUGUUCGAUCCAAGCAAUUCGCAAUUCGAUUUUCAAUUAUCGGGAAAAAUUGUUAUAUUGAAAGCAAUUUUGGAUGAAUGUGAAUCAAUUGGUGACAAAUUACUUGUUUUUACUCGAAGUUUAAUUGCUCUUGAUUAUCUUGAACAAUGUCUUGCUUAUUGGAGUGAACAAUCUUCAUCGUCCAAAUGGCAAAAAGAUAUUGAUUACUUUCGAAUAGAUGGUCAAGUUGCUAUAAAACAUAGGGCAGCUAACAUAAAAUUAUUCAAUGAUGCUAAUAAUACGCGUAGUCGUCUAUUUUUAAUCUCAACAACUGCUGGUGGUUUAGGAAUAAAUCUUUUUUCUGCUAAUCGUGUUAUUAUCUUGGAUACUAGUUGGAAUCCAGCUCAUGAUCUUCAAGCUAUGUUUCGUUCAUAUCGUCUUGGUCAAGUAAAGCCCGUCUAUAUCUAUCGUCUAAUUGUCAAAGGUACAAUGGAAGAAAAAAUUUAUAAACGACAAAUAACCAAACAAGCCAUGUUCCACCGUGUAGUUGAUGCUAAACAACUUGCUCGUCAUUUCACUUAUGAUGAACUUGCUCAACUUUAUGAAUAUGAUUUUGAUAUGCAUCAUGAUCCAAUAGAUAAAUACGAUGCUAAUCUAGUCCAAGAUAAAGUUUUACAAUAUCUAAUUAAUAAACAUUCGGAUACAAUUGUUUCUUAUUGUGAACAUGAUUCAUUUUUAAUACAUCAUGAUGAAGAAAAUUUAAUGAUUGAAGAACAAUGUCAACCUACUGAGCAGCUUCGUAAUAUACCAGGACCUCCACAUCAAUUUUUCUUUGGCCAUUUGAAAACAUUAUGGGCAUCGAAAAGAUAUUCGAUACAAUUACAAGAAUGGACACGUAAAUAUGGAUCGAUAUAUGGAUUAUAUGAGGGUACUCGACCUUUAUAUGUUGUAUCUGAUGUUGAUUUUCUUCAUGAAGUUUUCAUCAAACAAUUUUCUUCGUUUCAUUCACGUCGUGUACUAUUUUUGGCACGUAUGGGUGCUGGAACACCUGAAACUCUAUUCGGAGCAUCAGGAACUACAUGGCGACGUCAAAGACAUAUUGUCAAUCGAACAUUUUCGCUCGGUAAAAUGAAACUUAUGUUACCCGUUGUCAACCAAUGUAUUGAAAUACUAAUGAAUAAAUUAUCGAUUCUUAAUGAAAACAAUGAAGAGUUUAACAUUAAUGAUAUGUACAAACGUAUGACAAUGGAUAUUAUUUGGCGUGCAGGAUUCGGCAUUGAAAGUGAUAUGCAAAAUAAUAUUGAUAAUAUUUACUUGAAAAAAUCAGCUAAAGUAGUAGAUAUUAAUUAUGAUAAAUUAUUUAUUGUUCAAUUGAGUAAUUUGAUGCCAUUUCUCAAACCAUUUCUUAUAAUUUUCUUUCUUUGUCAACUAAAAAUAAUUCGAAUACUUGGCAAGAUAAUUCCAUUUAUGAACUAUUUUAUGGAAGAAUUAGCUCCAUUUUGGAUUAUUAAUCGAGCUCAAGAAAUAGUUGACUACCGUAAAGUACAUGCAUCUGAAAAGAAACAUGUUGAUUUGUUACAACUUAUGAUUGACGCACAAAUACCCGAUGAGAAAGAUAAACUGGAAAAUAUGGAAGAAGAUACAGAACAAAAAAUUUUGCAUCCCGAUGAAAUCACUGGCAAUAUUCUUAUUUUCAUGAUCGCUGGUUAUGAAACAACAUCGACUACAUUGGCAUAUUGUACAUAUAUUCUAGCUAAGAAACCUGAUAUUCAAGAAAAACUCAUUGCUGAAAUCGAUACACAUCUAGGUCAAAAAGAUUAUGAAGACAAUUACGAUCUUGUUACAAAUAUGUCUUAUAUAGACAUAUUUAUACGUGAAGUACUUCGCGUGUUUCCUAUUAUAAUACAAGCAACAUCACGAGAAUGUAACAAAACGACAACUAUAUGUGGUCAUCAGAUUGAAGAAGGUAGUGUCAUACAAGCUGAUAUAUUGAGCAUUCAUUUUAGUCCAGAUCUUUGGGGUCCUGAAGAUCCAAAUGAAUUUAUUCCUGAAAGACACUUGACAAAGCGUCAUCCGAUAUCAUGGAUGGCUUUCGGAAAUGGUCCAAGAAACUGUGUCGGAAUGCGUUUUGCAAUUAUGGAACUCAAAAUAUGUUUGACACAUCUUCUAAGUCAAUAUAAUAUUUUACCUGGAGAUAAAUUAGACGAGCAUUUUCAUUUGACUGAAUUGAGUGUUAUUAAUCCUGAGGCUAUUUUCAUCAAAUUAAAAAAACGAACAACCUAUAUGUGA